AUGGACUUUGUUUCUCAGGUCACAUCCCUGAUGCAAACAGACUGCCCAUAUCAGCUGCACCUGCCCGAGCAAGCGAGCCCUCAAAAUCAGAAAUCGGUCAAAGGACAAGCCAUUUGCGAUCUCCUGGCCAGUCAUCCACUGGAAACAAGAACCAACCUAUUUGAAGACCUAACGGAUGAACCCCCCGAGGCCAACACGACCUCUCCAGAGGAGGUUUGGCAGAUGUUCUUUGAUGGUGCAUCUCACGUCAGCACGAGCGGAUCUAUCAUGGCAGGAGUGAGGGUGGUCUUGAUCUCCCCACGCAGCCAUAUGUUACCCCGAGCCUUCUCCUUAAUAGAGCCAUGUACCAACAACGUGGCUGAGUACAAUUCACUGCUCAUUAGACUCGAACUGGCUAAGGAACUGGAGAUAAAGUACCUCGAGGACUAUGGUGACUCUCAGCUCAUCGUCAAGCAAAUGACGGGAGAAUAUGAAGUCAGAAAUAACGAUCUGAUCCCGCUUCACAAAACAACUAUCAAACUAGCUAAGUCAUUCAAAAACUUUUGCAUUGAGCAUGUGCUUUGUUCCAAGAACAUGCACGCGGAUGCCCUGGCGUCCUUAGCAGCUAACCUUGCACAGCUGCUAGGAAUGACUCAAUGUGUCACUGUCGCAAGCCGACGACCCUUUCGGCCGGAGGAUGUUCUGGAAGUAAAUGCCACUCAACAGACUUCGGGUUAA